AUGAGCGGAGGUCGAAUUCUUCUUCGAAUUUUCUCACAUGGAAAAUCUCAUAUUUCCCGAUCGUUCAGUUCAGUUCAGACCAAAAGCAAACUAAAAACUAAUCCGAUUUCAGGUGCAAGAACGGUAUUCAAUGGCGUUGAUUCCAAAACAAUGUUCGCUGCUCAAAAUAUUCCUUUACCUGAACUUGCUCCAGGAGAAAUUCUUGCUAAAGUUCGUCUAGCAUCGAUCUGUAUGAGUGAUGUGCAUACAAUAACCGGUCAUCGUAUUGAACCAACACCAAGUGUCCUUGGUCAUGAAGCUGUUGUUGAAGUGAUUGAUCAUCGACGACCGGAGAGUAACUUGGCUAUAGGCGAUCGAUUAACUUUUUCUGUUGCCGAUUGUUGUGGCAAUUGCGAAUUCUGUUUGAAAGGACUCAAUCAAAAAUGUGUUAAACUAUUCAAAUAUGGUCAUGCUAAACUGAGUGAUGGCUCUGGAUACAAUGGUUGCUAUGCAACACAUAUUAUCCUUCGUCGUGGUACUCACGUCGUGAAAAUUCCUGAUGUUAUCUCAGAUCGAUGCGCAGCACCGAUUAAUUGUUCAUUGGCAACUACGAUGGCUGCUAUGGAACAUGUGCCGAAAAUAAAAAACGGAAGAGCUUUUGUUCAGCUGCACUUCGUGAGCAUGGUUUUGAAAAAGUUUAUUGCUCCGGAACGCGUCUACAACGUUCAAAAUUUAUCGAUCGGUUCGGUGCCAUUCCACUCUACAAUGCUUUCAGGGAAAAGACAAAACGAAGUUCUUCACGAAGAAACAAACAAGAUUGAUGUCGUUGUUGAAGUAUGUGGAGUUGCCAGUGUUGUGAAUGAUGGUUUUCGAAUGUUAAAACCUGGUGGGAUCUAUCUGUUCCUUGGUAUGGUUCAUCCACAUUCGCAAUUGAAUAUAACUGGCGAACAGAUCAUUCGGAAAUGUUUGACAAUUCAAGGUAUUCAUAACUAUGCCCCACGUCAUCUGGAUCAAGCUGUUCAAUUUCUCGCCAAAACAAUCCGACGAUAUCCAUAUGAAGAAGUCAUGGGGCCCACUUAUGAUCUUCCGGAUUUGCCAGCGGCAAUGAAACUUGCUACUGGAAAACAAUAUAGUCGCGUUUUAGUCAAACCAAACAUGGUCAACUGA